CUAACCGGCUGGGGCCUUUCUCGCUGGUACGUUAGGCGACACCCUAGGGCGGACGCUCCUCUAGCGCCAGGGGGCGCGCGGCUGCUCCGGGGCCCUUCUGGCCUACGGCGGCAGCUCGACUGCUCCGAGGCGGCCCAGGUGAACCCCUGCGUUUCUCCGCAACGUGCCCGGGUACCGCUGGAGCUGCUACCAUGGAGGUGCCGGUGGGUCCCGGGCCCCGGCAAGCUGGCGGAGGACUAGGCGCGACAAGAUCCACGUCCUCCGGCCGCGCGGCGCGGACCGCAGAGAUGCCCUGGGCGCGCUUCUCUGCCUGGCUGGAGUGCGUGUGCGUGGUCACCUUCGAUCUGGAGCUGGGCCAGGCGCUAGAGCUAGUCUACCCAAGUGACUUCCGGCUCACAGACAAGGAGAAAAGCAGCAUCUGCUACCUGGCCUUCCCAGACUCACACUCAGGGUGCCUAGGAGACACUCAGUUCAGUUUCCGUAUGCGUCAGUGUGGGGGACAAAGGAGCCUCUGGCAGGUGGAUGAUCGGUCGUAUAACAACAAGGCCCCCUUGGCAUUGCAGAGGGAGCCAGCACACUAUCUGGGCUAUGUGUACUUCAGACAGGUGAAGGACAGCUCUGUGAAGAGGGGCUACUUCCAGAAGUCUUUAGUGCUGGUGUCCCGCCUGCCGUUCGUCCGGCUGUUUCAGUCACUCCUAAGCCUGAUUGCCCCUGAAUACUUUGAGAAGCUGGCACCCUGCCUGGAAGCAGUUUGUAAUGAGAUUGACCAAUGGCCAGCGCCGGUGCCUGGGCAGACCCUGAACCUGCCUAUCAUGGGAGUCGUCAUUCAGGUACGCAUCCCAUCCAGGGUGGACAAGCUGGAAUCCAGUCCUCCAAAGCAGUGUGAUCAAGAGAACCUGCUGCCAGCUCCAGUUGUCCUCACUAGUGUCCAUGAGCUGGAUCUGUUUAGGUGCUUCCGGCCAGUGCUCGCCCACGUGCAGACCCUGUGGGAGCUCGUACUUCUUGGGGAGCCCCUCGUGGUGCUGGCACCCUCACCCGACGUGUCUUCAGAGCUGGUGCUAGCCCUAACCAGCUGCCUCCAGCCCCUGAAGUUCUGCUGUGACUUCCGCCCCUACUUCACCAUUCAUGACAGUGAGUUCAAGGAGCUUACAACUCGAACCCAGGCUCCACCAAACGUGGUCCUGGGAGUCACAAACCCUUUCUUUAUCAAAACACUCCAGCACUGGCCUCAUGUCCUCCGAAUUGGGGAGCCCAAGAUGUCAGGGGAUCUUCCAAAGCAGGUCAAGCUUAAAAAACCCUCACGGCUGAAGACCCUCGACACCAAGCCAGGCCUCUACACCUCCUAUACUGCCCACCUCCACCGGGACAAAGCGCUGCUUAAACGACUGCUCAAGGGUGUGCAGAAGAAGCGGCCAUGGGAUGUGCAGAGUGCCCUGCUGAGGCGGCACCUUCUGGAGCUCACACAGAGUUUCAUCAUUCCUCUGGAGCACUACAUGGCCAGCCUCAUGCCACUACAGAAGAACAUCACACCCUGGAAGAGCCCCCCGCAGAUCUGCCCCUUCCGCCAGGACGAUUUCCUGCGAAGCCUGGAGCAUGCGGGACCCCAGCUCACCUGCAUCCUCAAGGGUGACUGGCUGGGCCUCUACAGGCGGUUUUUCAAGUCCCCUCAUUUUGAUGGCUGGUAUCGGCAACGACACAAAGAGAUGGCCCAGAAGCUGGAGGCUCUGCACCUGGAAGCUAUUUGUGAGGCGAACAUCGAGGCUUGGAUGAAGGACAAGUCCGAGGUGGAAGUGGUCGACCUGGUCCUGAAACUUCGGGAAAAGCUGGUACGGGCACAGGGCCACCAGCUCCCCGUGAAGGAGGUGACACUGCAGCGGGCUCAGCUGUACAUUGAUACAGUUAUUGGCUCCCUUCCCAAGGACCUGCAAGCAGUCCUGUGCCCUCCCUAGGACAAGGCCAACCUGUGUGGUCCUGGGGGAGUGGGGGGGCUAAGUCUGCCAAGUUCCCUCUCCCUUGAAAGGCAGGCCUCCAAGCUGGGACUCUCAGCCUUAGGCUCCUACCUCAGCUUCAGCCCCCUCCCAGAACCACCCUUGUCCCAGCAGUAAAAUGACAUUUGGAAUGACAGUCUGGUCCCUGACUAUUGGGGGAUUCUGUGCUGGCACUGCCUCGCUUCUUCCUGGGCCCCACCUGUCCUCCACAGCUGGAGGUGGGAGUGGCCUAGUAGCCCUUACUGAUGUAGGUGCCUUCACCACCUGCUGCCUCCUGGCUCCAUCUGCCCACACUCCAGGAUGCCUUGUGUUGGGGGUCCUUUAGCCCAGCAGGCUUCCCCGCUCAGAGAAGAGGGAGGCAGCUGCCAGGGCCAGCUCCUUUCCUUUACACCCCACUCAUUCUGCAGAGGGAUGAAGGGAUGGACAGAGGGUGGGAAGGGGUACUUUGCCUAGGCAGCUACUUGAGAGGGCAGAAGCUCUUUGUCCUGAGAGGAUUUAAAUCUCCUUCCUGCUGUGAUUGGCCAGCAUGAGAGAAUGAGGGAUGGUGUGGGGGCCUGGCACCCCACUUUCAAAAGCAAGCUCAGGCUGUUCUUGGAGGUCCUCGGUCCUUGUUCUCUUUCUUGGAACACCCCCUGAACACCUGCUCCAUGCAUUUCACCCAGGCUGCCAAGGGCUACUCCAGCUUUUCCCCGUGUCUGCCCCUCCUCCUGCAACUUACUUGAGAGGCGUUGGGCUGUAGCCUGAUGCUAUAUUCUCUGCUGUCUUGGCCUUAGGGUACAAUUGAACCCAUAGGCAGAGGUAUCUCUUGGAGGGGCUGUUCUGUUCUUCCUAAAGGGCUAAAAUGGCCCCAGGGACCUAAGUCUGCCAAGCUUCCCUUUCCCUUCAAGGCUCUAGCUUGUCUUCAGACCUCCCCUCCCCCCCAAGAACCACUUUUGUCCUAGCAGUAAGAAUGACACGGAGAACACAGCCUGGUCCCUGACCGUUGGAGGAUUCUGUGUUAGCCCUGUCUCACCUGUUCCUGGAUUGAUGCUAUUGUGCAGUACUAUUAAUCCUGGGUACAGUGUGUUACAGUGUUACAACCUAGUACUGCAACCUGGCCCUUGGGGUGGUCCAGACUGACGUGAGGACCCGGAGCAGCAGCCAACCCUCAGCUGAGUAUCAGAAACCUGUAGGUGGGUCUCAUGACCACUUAAGACUGCUCCUCUGAGGGACUGGGCCAUGUGGGUUCACUGGGCAGUGUCAGUGUCAGGCAGUAUCAGGGAAAAGGGGCAUUCCGAGAGGAUGGGCCCUACAUCCUGUGAUGCUUUAAAGGGCCACUAGCAAAGUAAGUUGGUUUAGAGCUGCAUGGUGAGCAUUUGCUUUCUUAGAGAACUGCCGAGUAGCAUGGCCAUGACCUGUUCUGGGUUCUUUGUACUCCUUAGUCAAACCUCAAGUAUGUACUGCCUCACCCUUCCCCACUGAUCCUGGCUAAGCCAGACACAGCAAAGGUAUCCCAGUGGUAACAGGUGUCAGCACUGUGCCUAGAUCUUUGCAUGUGCUCAGUUGUUUACCCCUGACCUUAGCCCAUGACAGCUUGUCACACUGUCCACUCUACAGGUGCGCAGACAGACAAGAUAGAUGGGUGAAUUUACAUAGUGAUCUAGGUCAGUCUAAUGCGGUAUCCAAGGAUGUGACCUGUUAGAAAAUAGAGCAGAGGCAGGUUGAGGUGGAGACCUUGUCCUUAGGAAGAAUGGCAUUAGCAUCUCCUGGAACACUGGUGCCAGCCUCACCACCAAGAGCCUGGUCUCUAAGGGAUCUUCAGAACCAUGGCACCAUCCUCUGUGACAGCUGGAGCUCCCCGGCUGUGGAGACUAGCCAUUUGGAGUCUGCAGAACUGUGCCUUUCGUGUGCCAGCCUCCUAUCCAAGUGACGGGUCUAAGCCUCCUCGGUCUUAAUGGCUCCACCGUAAAAUGCACAUCUCAAAUAUCACUGCAGUGUGUUUCUCGUGGUAUUUUUCACUUGACUUUCACACAAUAGGCUUCAGGGUGCCCCCCACCACCACCCCAAGGACCUCAGCCACCAUCAGCCUUAGGACUCUUCAUGGGAAUCAGCAGACAGAUUUAGAGGAGGGGCUGGUGGGGAGGUAGAAGGCUAUAGACACAACAGUGCUGCUUAGGGCACAAACCCAAGGCUGACACACAGGAAUGAGCAAAGUUCCAGUUUCUUCGAGGGGCUUGUCCUGGUUACUGGUAGAGUAUACUGCCUGGGGCUUCCUACCAGCUCCAUCCUCUCCGACUCUCUCUCUCCCAGGAUGGGAUCAGCUGAGUUAGUGGAGCUUCUGUCCAAAGUAGGCUCAAGCCCAUCUCUUUCCAUCCAUGCCAAGGGCAGAGCCUGGAGGGAUGUCGAGACAGAUGGCUCCAAAGAGGUGCUCCCCUCCCCCCAACCCAGAGGUCCCUUACAGUUUAGACGCCUGGAUAGUGAGAAGCUAAUCCUGGAGAUUGUGAUUCCCAGAGCUCCCUUGUGGGGACAGUUGGAAGAGCGCUGUGAGCCGGCAUUCAGGGGAUCUAAGAGGGUUGGGUGGAGGUCAUGAGGCAGCCAGCCCCAGGGACAGACCGGAAGGACAGGAGGACUCUUUUACCCUCUAGCUUCCUGCCUUUUCUAUUUUGAGCCCUACUCAGUUCAGAAUACUGGCCUUCCCACAACUUUGUUAUUAAAAUAUCUUUUUUUGUUAUACAA